AAGGCAGAGGCGCUUCCUCUAGACGCAGAGAGCUGUGUCGCGGUGCGAGAUACUUUAAGAACCGAAAAGGGCUGUUGUGGUGCUGUGCGAACGGGGACAUCUUUAGUCGUGACAACAGGAUAGCAAUGACUUCCGGUGGCCUGGCGUGAUUGAGAAGAAGCGCUUCCGGCAGCUUUGGCCCACAAUCAAUAAGCAGCCUCCCAGGCUGGAGCCGGUCCUCGCCUUGGCCCUCCCAGCGCCGGACGUGGGCUCCGGCGGCGCCUGGAACGCGGGCGGAGCUUGCACUAUUGGUCUUUGUCUCCUCACAUAAUGCCUGACAUUCAGUUAAUGUUGAAUGAACUUGAAGAGACACAUAGGCAAUUAAUUUGGAGAAGAGGGUUGAAACCAGAUUGUGAAUUUUGUUGAAUGUUCUCACUAUAGGAACCUAUAAUCUACAAUUGCCAGAGAUUUAAACACUAAACAGAGAUUUACCUGAAAGUACAUCCCUUCUGAUUCCAAAAUGUUGAGAUACUGGGGAGAGAUACCGAUGUCAUCAAGCCAGACCAACAGAAGUUCUUUUGAUCUGCUUCCACGGGAGUUCCGUCUGGUGGAAGUCCACGACCCACCUCUGCAUCAGCCUUCAGCCAGUAAGCCCAAGCCCCCCACUAUGCUAGACAUCCCCUCGGAGCCAUGCAGCCUUACCAUCCAUACCAUUCAGUUGAUCCAGCACAACCGACGUCUUCGCAACCUCAUUGCCACAGCCCAAGCCCAGAGUCAACAGCAGACAGAAGGUGUAAAGACUGAAGAGAGUGAUCCUCUUCCCUCUUGCCCUGGAUCACCUCCUCUCCCUGAUGACCUUCUACCUUUAGACUGUAAGAAUCCCAAUGCACCAUUCCAGGUCCGGCACAGCGACCCCGAGAGUGACUUUUAUCGCGGGAAAGGAGAACCUGUGACGGAACUGAGCUGGCACUCCUGCCGACAGCUGCUGUACCAGGCGGUGGCUACAAUCCUAGCCCACGCGGGCUUUGAGUGUGCUAAUGAGAGUGUCCUAGAGACCCUCACUGAUGUGGCACACGAGUACUGCCUUAAGUUCACCAAGUUGCUGCGCUUUGCUGUGGACCGGGAGGCUCUGCUGGGGCAGACUCCAUUCCCUGAUGUUAUGGAGCAGGUAUUCCAUGAAGUGGGUAUUGGCAGUGUGCUCUCUCUCCAGAAGUUCUGGCAGCACCGCAUCAAGGACUAUCACACAUAUAUGCUGCAGAUUAGUAAGCAGCUCUCUGAAGAAUAUGAAAGAAUUGUCAACCCUGAGAAAUCCACAGAGGACACCAAGCCUGUGAAGAUCAAAGAGGAACCUGUGAGUGACAUCACAUUUCCCGUCAGUGAGGAACUGGAAGCUGACCUCGCUUCUGGAGAUCAGUCCCUGCCUAUGGGCGUCCUUGGGUCUCAGAGUGAGCGCUUUCCAUCCAACCUGGAGGUGGAAGCGUCACCACAGGCUUCAAGUGCAGAGGUAAAUGCUUCUCCUCUUUGGAACCUGGCCCAUGUGAAAAUGGAGCCUCAAGAGAGCGAAGAAGGCAAUGUGUCUGGGCAUGGCGUGCUGGGCAGUGAUGUCUUUGAGGAACCUAUGUCGGGCAUGAGUGAAGCUGGUAUCCCUCAGAGCCCUGAUGACUCAGACAGCAGCUAUGGCUCCCACUCCACUGAUAGUCUCAUGGGGUCCUCCCCUGUCUUCAACCAGCGCUACAAGAAGAAGAUGAGGAAAAUAUAACUGCAAGUGGACAUUUUUGGUCCAGACCUACCACGCCCAACAGAAAACCUUGAUGUAUUUGAAUUUGUUUCCACAAGCAGUGAUUGGAUUCUUAUUCUUAAAAACAGUGGUCUUUUCUAAUUACAGAAAUUGUGCUUAACACAAAAAAAAUAAUUUUUCUUUGGUAUUGUUUACAAUCAAAGCCACUGUUCAUAGGUAUCAUGAAUUAGCACAGUAAUCAGAAGACCAAAGCACUGUACCCAACUAUCACCUCACUGCGUGAUGUCAUGUUCCUUAGCUUCUCUACAACCAUUCUCUUGCACAGUUGAGAACCAUGUUGAUGUUCCUUGUAGAGGCAGAUGGACUGAGAUGCUUACUGAACUUCCAAGCUGUGCUUGUAGACAUACAUAUAUGCGUCAGUAUAAGGUGUCAGCUCUGCAUUGGUUUGGAAUCUAGUACUAAUACCGAAAACAGCUAAACACCACAAAGCCCAUGUGUCAGUCAGCUUCUUAAACUGUGUUCCCUAUGAAGCCCCUUCUGGUUAUCAGCCUGUGGCACAGCUACUCUGAUUGCGCACAGCCCUCUUGUCCACCCAUACUUCCUUCUUGAGACUUACUCCAUCUAGCCUCAUCCUUUUUGCCUUUUACUAUUUUCUGCUGACAGAAUUUUAAAGAUUCUUACCAUGCACCUAUUUCAGAUUGUUCAUUUUCUGCUUUGUGAAUGAAGCAAACAGGACCUGCUGCUGGAUAGGCAGGCUUACUUCAGAAUUUUUUGACUGUAUGUAACCCAGGCUGGCCUCAAACUCAAGAAUCCUCCUGCCUCCUGAACUUAUAUUUUAAAAAAUACAUGAAUUUGCGUAUUAUCUAAA